AUGGUGUGGAAGUCUAUCGUUCUUUCAGUAUUCCUCGCGCUCGCAUUCCCGACCACCGAGGCUGUGACGUACUCUUCGGGAUGCGGCAAUGCUGCGAGCAUCACCAGCGGCACGUACACCACCACCGUCAACGGAACGGAGCGCGAGUACAUUGUGCGCGUGCCGGAGGGCUACAACUCGAGCGAGCCGUACCCGUUCAUCAUCGCCUACCACUGGUACGGCGGUAGUGCGUACAAUGUCACGCAAGACUCGUCCAAGUACGGCAACGGCAGCUACUAUGGUCUGUUGAGCUACGCCAACGAGUCCGCCAUCUUCGUGGCGCCCGAGGGGCUGGAGGUUGGCUGGUGGAACACAAACGACGAUGACAUGAAGUUCACCGACGCCAUCGUCCAGACCAUCGACGACGAGUUGUGUGUGGACCAAGACCAGCGGUUCGUGGUGGGCUUCAGUUUCGGCGGCUCGAUGGCGAAUGCGAUCGCCAAGUCAGGUCGCGGGACGACCUUCAAGGCCGCCGCCGUUUUAUCCGGCACGGACUACGUGGCAGCCAUCGGCGAACCUGCCCCCAUCGGCUUCUUCGUCGGGCACGGCGUGAGUGACCCAGGCAACCUGAUCUCCAAGGGUCGAUCCAUGCGCGACGUGUUCCUCGAGGUCAACGGCUGCACGAACCAGACUGCACCGGAGCCUGCGGUUGGCUCGGGCUCGCACGUCAAGACGUCGUACGCAAACUGCACCAAGCCCGUGACUUUCAUCGCUUUCGACGGUGUGCACGAGUACAGCCCUGUCGACAAGGGAUCCUCGUCCUCGUGGGUUCCAAGCGAGCUUUGGAGCUUUUUCUUCCCGUCAAAGAGCAGCUAG